CAAAUAUCUGUACCUCUCAGUCACAAAUCCUCAGUACCUACCUUCAUCAUGUCUCAUCUGACCUACUACAACUACGAGGGUGUCGGCAAGACCAACAACAAAGAAUACUCCUACUCACAAGCUGUCCGCGUCGGCAACACCAUCAAAUGCUCCGGCCAAGGCGGAUGGGACAGCGAAGGCAACAUUGACAAAGAAGAUCUCAAGGGUCAAAUUGACCUUGCGUUCAAGAACGUUGAGAAGAACCUCAAAGACGCUGGUGCAAGGGGUUGGGCAGAUGUUCACUCCGUCAGAAGCUAUCACAUUUCCCUCUCGGGCUCUUUUGACCUCAUGGUAGAGCAGUUUCGGAAGUGGAUGCCUGAUCAUCAGCCAACUUGGACUUGUGUGGGUGUUACGGAGUUGGGUAUUCCUGGCAUGAUCGUCGAGAUCGAGGUGGAGGCCACUAUCCAGCAGUAAUUGUGUAGCAGAAUUUAUUAAG